AUGGUGGUGGCGGAGAGAAGGAAGCCUUUGGUGCUUUCUUCCACCAGGGCUCUCGUUAACUCUCUACUGACUUCUUCCGGAGUCCAACUGGAAGAUGGUGGUGGAAUUGCGGUUGACCCGGUUCUGUCCGCCGGGUACGGCUCCGAGACUAACUCCCUGCAGUUGAAGGCGGGAAUUCUGCGGAUAAAGGAGGGUUUAAGUGAUGGUGAUUCACGCGCUGGUGCUAGGAGUAAGCUAUCCUCGCUUGACGGCUCUGCAUUGGUCGGGCUCUCCAUUUCCUCGCUCAAAAGAUUAUCCAUUACUUCUGGCUCAUUGAUCUAUGUAAAGAAUGGUGAUGGCAACAUCUGUAAGGUUGGGCAGGUUUUUGCUCUUGAUUCUCCUAGCCCUGAUGACAAGUUGCCUGGGAAUGAUGUUUUAUCUACUCAUUCUCCUGAAAGAAUGAGUUUGUUUCCAGCUUAUUAUUAUCCACAAAAUCCGCAUGCACAAUUGGAUUCCCAGAUUGCGUAUUUAUCUCCUAUUCUGUUUUUCAACCUUCGGUUGCACGUGUCAUGCUUAAAGUCUGUUGUUCAUAGAGGCAAAGAAACAUUUUCAUCUUUUCUAGGAUACCAGUUGGAGGGAGAAGCAAAUGGUAAAGAAAGUGAUGCUUCUGCUAUUACCCUGGCACUUGAACCUUGGCCACAUGUUCCAAAGUAUGCCUCCCACCUCAGAGCUUCUUUUGUGAGGAUACCUGAAUGCAGUACCCUUGACUCUCUUAAAAGAAGUCCAUAUAUUGAUGAUGUGGACCGCCAAGAGUUGAUUGAUCUAGAGUUGAACAACUACUUCACAGUUGACAGAUAUGUAUCCAGGGGUGACAUCUUUCGCAUCUCAAUUAACUGGAAUUGCAGAUCAUCUCUUUGCGUUAGUUGCAGCAAGAAGAUGCAUGAUGGCACCACUGACCUUGUAUACUUUAAGGUAGUGGCUAUGGAACCAUCAGAAGAACCUGUUCUUAGAGUUAACCGUACUCAUACUGCCCUUGUCCUUGGAGGAAAUGUUGCUUCUGCUGUUCCCCCUGCGUUCUUGUUUCGUGGACCAGAAUUUUCUGUCCCUGUACACCAAAAUGUAGUUAAGUUGUUGGCCUCCGUACUUGCACCACCUUUAUGUCCCUCAGCACUUUCAUCAAAAUUUAGAGUUUCUAUUCUGCUGCAUGGCGCGCGUGGUUGUGGAAAAAGAACUGUUGUAAAAUUUGUGGCCAGUCAAUUGGGCGUGCAUGUUGUUGAGUAUAGUUGCCAUAACCUAUCGUCCUCUUCUGAAAGAAAGACGUCUGCCUCGCUAGCUCAAGCUUUCAAUGCUGCUCGCAGAUACUCCCCCACAAUUCUUCUUCUUCGCCAUUUCGAUGUUCUCCGGGACCUGGGUCAUGAGGGAUCUCCACAUGAGCAACUUGGUGUCAAUGCUGAAGUUGCAGCUGUUAUUAAACAAUUUACUGAACCUGUUAUUGAGGAUGACAAUGAUAGCUCUUUUAAUGAUUCUGAUAGGACUUACAGGCACCCAUUAUUAUUAGUUGCCGCAGCUGACAGUUCUGAAGGGUUGCCACCAACUAUUAGACGUUGUUUUAGUCAUGAGAUCAGUAUGGGACCUCUGAAUGAAGAGCAAAGAAGUCAAAUACUUUCCCAUUUGCUUCAGCAGGUUCCUGAACUGCUCGAAAAUGUUUCUGCUGAGGAUUUUGUGAAAGAUGUGGUGGGGCAGACAUCAGGCUUUAUGCCCAGGGAUCUGCAAGCACUGGUAGCUGAUGCAGGUGUAAAUCUAGUUUCUUCUCCAAAACCUGAAAAAAUGCAUAAUAGCUCGGAUGAGUCUAAGCAAACAGAGGAUUCCCAGUCAACCAGUCAUGCACCGAGGAUUUUAGCAAAAGAUGACUUACUUAAAGCACUUGAACAAUCUAAGAAAAGAAAUGCUUCAGCUCUUGGUACUCCUAAGGUUCCUGAUGUCAAAUGGGAAGAUGUUGGUGGACUUGAAGAUGUUAAGAAAUCAAUUUUGGACACUGUUCAGCUGCCUCUCCUGCACAAAGAUUUGUUUUCAUCAGGAUUGCGCAAACGUUCAGGGGUUCUUCUUUAUGGUCCUCCAGGGACAGGAAAAACUUUACUAGCAAAAGCUGUUGCUACUGAAUGCUCCCUAAAUUUCCUUAGUGUGAAAGGGCCUGAGUUAAUUAACAUGUACAUUGGAGAGUCUGAAAAGAAUGUAAGAGACAUUUUUGAAAAGGCAAGGUCAGCCAGGCCAUGUGUUAUUUUCUUUGAUGAACUUGACUCUCUUGCACCUGCUAGAGGAGCUUCUGGAGAUUCUGGAGGUGUUAUGGACCGGGUUGUUUCUCAGAUGCUUGCAGAGAUAGAUGGCCUGAAUGACUCAUCUCAGGACUUGUUUAUUAUAGGAGCAAGCAAUAGACCUGAUCUGAUUGACCCGGCACUUUUGAGGCCUGGACGAUUUGAUAAGCUUCUUUAUGUUGGUGUAAAUUCUGAAACAUCUUACAGAGAGAGGGUACUUAAAGCACUUACUCGGAAAUUUAAGCUGCAUGAAGAUGUGUCUUUAUACUCUAUAGCCAAAAGAUGCCCUCCGAACUUUACUGGUGCUGACAUGUAUGCCUUGUGUGCCGACGCUUGGUUUCAUGCCGCAAAACGGAAGGUGUUAGCGGCUGAUUCUGAUUCGAGCAGUUCAAGUGAACAUAGUGAUGCAGUCAUCGUUGGAUAUAAUGACUUCAUCAAGGUUUUGGAAGACCUGUCUCCCUCCCUUUCAAUGGCGGAACUGCAGAAGUAUGAACGGCUGCGAGAGCAGUUUGAAGGAGCAUCGUCAAGAUGA